AUGGCUACUUCCGGGAUCCACUGUAUGCAGAUUACCUUGCAUCAUUGUAAGAGCGCUUCGGCGAUUCUAGCCAGGAACUUUACAAGGAUGCAGGCAGCUAUAGCCUUUGUUCAAGAACCUUGGGUUGUAGUAGCUUCCGCUUAUUUUCCGGGAUCGGGGGAUGACCCCGCACCACCUACAGAGGUGGAGAAGUUGGUAGAUUACUGUCAACGGCAAAGUCUCCCUUUGAUAAUAGGUUGUGAUACCAAUGCGCACCAUGUCGUAUGGGCCAACACUGACGUUAACGACAGAGGCAGAAGACUUUUAGAAUUUCUGAUAGAUACGGAUUUAGAAAUUUUAAAUCAGGGUAAUGAGCCAACUUUCGUUACUGUUAACAGAAAAGAAGCGUUGGAUAUUACUAUCUGUAACAAGUCUGUGUGGAGUGGUGUGAGGGACUGGAGGGUGUCUGAUGCAGAUUCCCUCUCGGACCACAGACUUAUUACAUUCAGAAUGGAAUCGAAAGAUCGGGAACAUAAAUGGGUACGUAAUCCUAGGAGUACUGAUUGGGCUUCAUAUAUUGAGGACCUCAAGGCCUCCAUGGAGUGCUUCCCCACCUCUUAUGGAACAUAUGAAGAGUUGGAACUCGCAGCGGAAUAUCUGCGAGAUUCGAUUAUCUGCUCUUUUGAAAGAAGCUGUGUAGUCAAAAAAGUUGACUCCAACAGGGGUAGUAAAUGGUGGAACUUCUGUUUGGAGGGACAUAGGCAAACAAAAGAGGUAGAGAAGGCACGGGGUAUCAGCUGGAGGAGCUUUUGCGAGGGAAUCGAAAGAGUACCAGAAGCAUUAAGACUCCAUAAGCUCUAUCAGAUGAUUUUAAAACCAAGGUUUCUUCACGCGGUGGUUGUUUGGUGGUCUAGGACUCAACUGAUAACGGUUGAAAAGAAACUGGACCAACUGCAAGCAAUGAUUUUCAGGGGUAUUACGGGGGCUAUGAGGACCACGCCAACAGCUGCGUUGGGAUUCAUAUUAGCCGAAGUACCUCUGCAUAUUGCUGCGGUGAAAAAGGCGGCUCUUACUAUGAUCAGGUUAACCGCGCAGGGAAGGUGGAAGUUUUGA